AGGAAUUAGUGACAAACUACUUAAGGGAACACAUGAUUUACAUCUCUAUCAUACCAUUCGUAAUCAAAGAAAUUAUCAAUGUUUGGUAAAUAAUGACUAAAAACAUAGCACAAAUUAAGGAUAUGCGCAUCAUCAUAUCAGUAACCUAAAUGUAUCAACUGAAACAAAUAAGAUGAAUUUCAAGUUACUUUUACAUAUCAAAUAAGACGGCUUCACGGCUUUAUAAAGGGUAAGACGAUAUCAAAGAGAUCCGGAACGAAAAUGCAAUUUCUUAUAUAAACUGAUGAUUAACAUAAAAUGACCCUGCUGCAGCUUUAUUGUAAAGAAUAGAUGCAUUUGAGUUCUGAAUUUUACAAGCUUGCCAUUUUGGACUAAAACGUUAGUUUCAGAUAGCCACUAGUAGUAUGUCAAUAUUUUCACAACAACCAACUCGACCAACAACAUUUGAUGGGAUGAGGCAGCAAGAUAACCUCACUAAUAAACCAGUAACUCUUAAAGUAGCUGGUGUUCGAUUGGUUACCUUGGAUAAAUAUAUCGAUAGUAAUAUGUACAUUUAUUAUGGGAUUGUGUCACCAUUUAUAAGCACCAUCGUCAUUAUAUUAAACAUUCUUCUGAUUACAACUUUAAUCAAAGGGAAGUGUAGAAAGUCCACUCAUGUUAUCAUGAUUGCCAUAGCGAUAGCAGAUGCAUUGACUGGUUUCAUUCCGAUACCAUUCAACUUAUAUGUAUUUGGUCUGAAGAAAGAUGAUGGCUACCUAACUUUGUCAUGGUGCUAUGUUUUUGAAUACACACAGAAAUUUAUUCCAGAAAUUCUACACAUAACUUCCCUACAUUUGACAGUAGGCCUUGGAAUUGAACGUUUCUUUGUAGUAGCAUUUCCUUUCAAAGCACAAAGGAUAUGUCGUUUUCGAAAUGGAGUUAUCUUUAGUGUUCUUAUUUUUGUUGCAAGUAUUUGCUCUCAAAUGGACUUAUUUACUCAAGUUAGUUAUGAACAAUUUUGUGAAUAUCGAAAACGGACUAAUAAGACAGUUAUUGGUUGUAUUAGGUCAACAAAAGUCAGAACCGACUGGGAAUAUGCACUAAGAAUAGGGAUGUUAGUAUUUGUACCUUGUAUGACACUUGUUGUUUUCACCGUACUACUUCUCAGAAAGUCCAAGGAAAUUCAACAUUGGAGGAAAUUGCACUCCUCUCUCUCUAAGACUGCUGAUUUAGAACGACUCGACUUUGCCGUCAUUUUAAUGAUGAUAUUUAUAGUAGUUACUGAAGCAAUUUUGCAAACAGCAUUUUUGAUAAGCAGGAUAAAUGGCAUACGAUUUACAGAUACACACGAGGAGUUAGUCGGCGUUGGUCAUAUUAUAUUUCAAGUGACUUGUCCGAUUAAUUUUGCAAUUUUGUGUUUUCUCAGUGUGCAGUUUCGCAAAAUUUUCAAAGAUAUAUUUUGCUGUUGUCUUCAGAAUACAAAUUCCUUAUCUAUUAAGGAGUUUCCAGAGAAAACAGAAGUUUCGUCACUUGAAACCGCGAACACUUUAGCAUUUCCGGAAGAAAUACAUUCUACUCGGUUGUGAUUAUUUGUAUUUUACAAAAUUUACAUAGAUAUAAAAAUAAGGAAAUGUUGUAUGAUUGCCAAGCUAUAUACAAUUAUUGACUUUUGAUGAGGUUGAUACAUAAGAUAUCCAUCCCUGAGAUAUAGUAUUUACCGAGGUCAACGACCGAGGAUGAUAGCUUUACAUCGCUGGGGUUGAUGAAAUCUUUGUAUCGGUUGAUAUAACAAUUAAACAAUGUUUUAUUUUAUCUUUUUAAUUUUGAUUUUUUUUUAUCCAUGACUAACCUUCCUUAUAUUUUCCUAAA